AUGCAGUCCAGACCACCUCUGCCCCCUCGCGGGCAGCCUCCGCAAGAGGAGGAGUACGCACCGCCCAGCGGCCCUCCCCCUGGCUUCCACCAACGACAGCAGCAAAACACAUCCUCAACUGCCGGCGCUCCGCCUGGCUUCCCUCCAGUCCCCAAUGAGCCUCCCCCAGCGCCAUCGGCGUGGAAUGAGCAUUUCUUCUACUCCAACGGCCGGCCGACACCGGUCUUUGAAGCUCUCAUGAAGGAGUUUUGGAAGAGACUUGAUCCCAGAGGCACGGGAUAUAUUGCGCCAGAAGUGUUCUCGGGGUUCAUGGAAAUUAAUCACUUUGCUCCAGAUGACGAUGUUUGGAGGCGGAGCCGUCACGGGAACCUGAUAUUCUCAGCAGACGACAUGGCCGACUACGAACUAAAAGCCGCCUGGGAAGCUUGGUACUUCGACCACAAAGUAGUAGUCCGGAACCCCAGGGCCAAGCAGCUGCCGCACGGCGGGAUGCCCAUGCUCAGCCAGAACGGCUUCAUCGACAUCAUGGCCGUCGAGAUCGCGGCGGAGCCCGACGAACGCCUGGGCGGGCUCAACAACGCCCUUCGUCACUACGGCGUCUGGACAGAGAGGGGGCCUGUACCUCGCCAUGUGCUCCCUUCUGUUCGCGCGCCCGAGCUCCAGCGGCGUGUUGAUGCGGCCGUGGCGCGGUCUCAGCAAACGGCAAAGGAGAGGCUGGAUGCCGCAGAAGUGCAGGCAAGAAUCGAGGCGCGGGGCCGGCAGGCUGCUCUGGAUAUAGUCAGCGAUUACAGGUAUCGCUAUUAUUAG